CUUACCGGUAGUGCUUCUUUCCAUGCAAAACAGCUGAUGAGAAUAUUUCAGACGCAGAUAAAAAAAAAAGAUAAAAAAAUGACUAAGCUAGAUUCUGAUCAAUCCUAAUUCAUGCCUAGUAAGGACACGACAUAAUAACAUGAAGCCCAAACUGGAAACUGGUCAAGUCCUACAAUCACUCCACCUACCUACCUUAGGUACCUUACUCAGAUGGAUACGGACAGGCGGAUGGUCAGUCGGUCGGCUGGUCGCGGCAACAGGCAGU